UGAAUGUGGCUGAUGCUCGUGUCACAUUAUAACCUAUGCUAUAUUGUUGACAAUUGUUUGUCAACAAAAUGAUUCUAAUCCAUUAUAACUGCUGAUUGGCCAAUUGUAGUAUUUUGACAGGUAAUCAAUUCAGUAAUAAAAAAAAUCAAUCAGUUCUGGGACUUAUACAUAUCGUUACGUUACGUAUAAAGACGUAUGUUUAUGGAAUUUUAGUAUUAUGCUGAAUAAGUGUAACAUAUAAUACACUAUUUGCUAAAUCUGUCAAUUGAGAUUUUGUGCAGCCUUGUGUAAGCUACGAAAGCAAAAAUGUUGAAUCGUUUUAAGUCAGUAUUAAUGAGUGCUGUGGGUGCAAGCGAGCUUGGCCUGCAGUACCCUAAUGAUUCUGAUAAUGAUAUGAUGACGGAUUAUAUUAAUUCCAAUUAUGUUGUGGAAGUGGAAAAUAAACCUUACAGUCGUCCAAGCUUUUUAGGUUUGACAUCUGAAGAAACACAGGUGAGUGCAGAUCAUAGAGUAAGACCUAUAAUAGUUCCAAGAGAUCUUAGUCGUUUGCCAUGGUGUGCUGGUUAUGCGGAAUGUAUAAAUGCUGGGAAAAGCACUUGGAAUGAGGAUCAAGCUUCUGCAACACGUGGGGAUCUGAAGUUGUCAGAUGUUAAUGUUACGCUGCCUUACGUUAUGUUUUCAAUGUUUGACGGCCAUGCAGGGUAUCAAGUUGCUCUUACAGCAAGGUUACAUCUACACAGAAUAAUUUUGGAGAGGCUACUGGCUAUACCAGGCAACAUGCUACUCAAUGAAGAUGAGAACGAGUUGAUAAAGGGCAGAGACCUAGUUACAGGUGCUAUAGAAUUAGCAUAUAGACAAAUGGAUCAAAUGGUAGAGAUGCAAGCUCAAAAUGGUGGCGGUGGUUGUACAGCUAUUACAAUUUUAUUUCUUAAUGGAAGGCUGUACGCUGCAGGAGCUGGAGACUCCAGAGCUGUAUUAGUUUUGGGAGAAGAACAGCGUGCUCUUACCAGAGAUCACACCCCGGAUUCUGAAUCAAAUCGUGUUAGAGCUUUAGGCUUCUUAAGAAGCAAUGAAUUACUGAAAGGUCAUUUCACUCCACUGGAGUUUAGAAAGCGACCAUUGCAGAAAGAAUUGGGAUCGAUGGUUUUGUAUAGAGAACCUUUUAUGACGGGCUGGGCAUAUAAAACCUUAACACAUCCGGACUUAAAAUUACCGCUUAUUUCGGGACAUGGAAAAAGGAGUAGAGUAAUGGGAACGAUAGGCGUGACUAGGGGUUUCGGAGAUCAUGGUUUAAAAGCAGCGAAUACCGGUGUUAAUAUCAAACCAUUCCUAUCGUCGCAACCUGAAGUACAAUCUUUGGACUUAGACACUUGUAACCUUACUGAAAGAGAUUGCAUUAUCGUUGCCACGGACGGGCUGUGGGAUGUAGUAUCGGAUAAAACAGCGGCAGCAAUACUUAGGAAAACACUUGCUCCUGAUACUCCAUCCCUAGAAUACAGAUUAACAAUGGGUGCUCAAGAGUUGGUGCAAGCGGCAAGAGGCCGAUUAAUCGGUAGGAUGUGGAUGGGAAAACCCGAGAAUCCGAAUGAAGCAGAUGAAAAAUCUUCACCUAUAGCAUCGGUGGAUGAUAUUAGCGUGUUAGUGGUACCUUUAUAUCCUUAUUUAUGUGAACACAAACAGUGGCUGAAGACAACACAGCAAGAACGAAAAUAUGCUGCGGAUUCCCUAACGACGAUAUGUUUCGAUUAUCCUAUUCCUAACAGGUCAGGUGACAACCCUGCAUGAAUUCUUAUCAGAUUUAGAUGGUCAGCAAUAAAAUAGGAACACAAUGUUAACUACAAUGUGCAGCUAAUGAAUUACAUUUACUGGAGUUAACUACAAUGACUUAUGAUAAAUUCGUGAUUGCUUAUUAUUUAAUCUUAAUAUUAGAAUAAUCAAUGAUUAUUCUAUAAUUUGAGUGCAUGGUUACCCGCAUCAUAUUUCGUAGUUCCCUUCUUCAAAUAAUAAAUUAUUGCAUACUGCCACUGUUUGUAUGUUAACUACGGUCAUAAAAAGGCUAUGUUCUUAUUAUUUAAACAAACAUUCCACUAUGACACAUUUUAUGUAUCGUGCGAUUUUACAAUAUUCCGAAGCGUUUAAUACGUUAUAUCAAACACUUCAUGUAUAAGCACUAAUAUUUGGAUUGUCACUAUUAUAUAAUUAGUAUGUAGGCUGUAUACACAAUGUAAUAUUAAAAAAUAUUUUUAUAUUGCUUUUUGAGGCAGACAUGUGUUACCAUUCGAUAUGUCGUGUUUAUGAUGUUUUAUCGUGUUAUGAUAUUUUAUAUAUUAUAUCAUUUUCAUCUUUGUGUUAAAAAUAUUAACCCUCGAACGACGAUCUGAGAUCUCAUACAAGCUGCGAAGGGGUAGUGUCUUAUUUAUCCCAUAGAUUUUUUAAGGAAAAGACUAGAAAUAUGGGUUAAAAGAUUAUUGAUUUACAAGUCAAAAAAUUCGAAGAAACAAUUGAUAAUAAUCGAAAAAUAAGAAAAACCAGGUCUGGAGUGUCUGAAACACCCCUACCUUCGUCAUUCGAGGGUUAAUCUUGUGGCUACAAACACUAUAUAUGUACUAUUGGUUUAAAAACUCUACUAAAAACAAAAUUAAAAAGCAAAAAUAAAAUUUUAAUUUAA